GAUGCGAUCGCUUUAUUUUACAAUAAAGGUUGUUUAGAACAAACCUGAAGUGUAAAACGUUUGCUUAACAAAACUUGAUCAUGCUGGUUUGGAUUUUAUUAUUUUGGGGAAAUAUUUACUUAUUUGUAAAUUCUAUGGAGCCAACGUGUAACCCCUACUAUGAAAUUCUUAAAACAGUCCUGAAAAUCGAGCAAAGGAUUGAUACGAUGGAAAAUGUUAUGCAGGAACAGCGCAAUAUUAUCAGCAAAAUGUCAAGUGAAGGCAAUGGAGCGGUGUUUGUAAGAUGGGGCCGUAAUAUUUGUCCGGACACUUCAACUCUUGUUUACAAUGGAUAUACUGCAGGGAAACACUAUAACAAGAAAGGAAGCGGAAGUGAUACAAUAUGUCUCCCAAGUAACCCUUCAUGGGCAAACUAUACCGGAAAGAGUAAGCCAACAUCACUUAUCUACGGUACAGAGAUUGAUAUAAAUGAACCUAGUGGCAUAUUUGCAUAUCCUGUUAACGAACAAGACACGCCUUGUGCUGUUUGUAAAAUCAUUGAGGUCGACUGUUCUAAUGGUUCCUGCAAGAACAACUUGCUUUCCCGCCUGGCAUAUGGAAUACACUGGAUAUUUUAUGGCAGGAAUGGAUGAUAUAGGCUAGGUUCAUAUAAUCAUAUUUGCAUGGAUAGUCUGCCAGAAUUUUUACCAAACGGUGCAGCCAGUAAUAAUCAACACAUUCUUUUACCUUGUGAAGGCACAAUGUGGAUCAUUACCAUGUCCUCCAUAUGUUUCAAGAUAGAGAACUAGCAUGCGUCGUCUGCUCAAAAUAGAAAAUUGUGCAAGUUAGAAAGGAUUGGGUUUUAUGUGUCAAAAUAAUAAAGAAAGGUCGGAUAUAAAAUA